CUGAGGGUGAGGUUCACUUGUGCAGAGGAUGCAGAGAGUACACAUAGAGGUGAGUGCAUCGUGAUGCUAACUCCUCAGUACAAUGUCUGCCGAUUCUUAAUUUCUAUUCGUGAAACCAGCGCCAAGUGAAAUGUCCGCCUUCUUAAGACACUGACCGAGAGUCGAGUCUCACAGAACGUUUUGGAGAGCACUGACCCAGACAAUGGCACCUGGAUCGAUAAUUCUCCUUAUGACACUCGUACUCACGCCUCAAGUUCAAGGCCAAACGUUCCAACAAAAUAACUCCCUUUUAAAUGACAAGUUCAGCAGCGAUGCUUAUAACCCGCGGGUCCGGCCGGUCAAGAACAGCUCGGACGUAACAGUUGUGUCCGUGGGUUUUAGAAUAGUUUCCAUCGUCGAUUUUAACAGAGGGACGGGAGAGUUGAAGUUUCUUGAAGAUGUACAUUUUUCUUGGACUGAUGAGUUUCUGACCUGGGACCCAGCAGACUACGGGGGUCAAAAGGGCAUACGCGUUGAACCUGCCCAGGUCUGGCGUCCUCUCGUAUACCUACAGACCAUCAUCCCGAGCUUUCACCCUGUUGCUGACGUCACAGGCGUUGUGGAUGUACGUCACACGGGGCUUGUCUCUUGGGCGCCACAAUAUCUCAAUUUACAUGCAGACUGCCGAGAACAACCUUCGGACACGCUGAAGUGCGAGUUACAUUUGGCGUCACAGAUACACCCUGCACACCAGUUGCAGUUUGUGUUGGAGGAAAACCAAACGGAGACGACCCACGAAUCACGAAAUCGCAGGUGGGAGAUUUUAAACGCCCGUGUCGAUGUGGUCAAAAAAACUUUGAUGUUCCUCCAUCGCAUCGACCCGAGUAUGGAGCUUUUAAACGCCCGUGCAGGCAACGCCAAUAAAACUUUGAAGUUCUUCAAUCAGCUCUACUCGACUAUCCAGGUGGACCUCACAGUCCAGCGCAUACGAUCGCUGAAUGAGAGGAUGGGAAUUUUGCCCAUGAUUAUCCCCCCUUUUAUCUCGGUGCUCUUGUUCAUCGUCCCUCUACCGCCGGGAAAGAAAUUGUACUGUGCUCCGUUUAUAAUGUUUGGACAGUGUUUGCUUUCGAAGAUCAGCGACCUCUCUCGGCCGGGUAUGCGUGAGCUGUCGUUGUUUCUGAGCAUCAUGUGCGUCUGCAAUUGGAUUGUGUUGUGUUGCUUAUAUGCAAUCAGCGGGAUGUCCGAGGAGGAAACGGAGAGUAAGAAAGUAGGGAAAACGAAGGCUAACAUUCAAACUUCCGUUACGCCGAAAACACUCCAUGCAGCCGAGCAAAAUGGCGGGGAUGUAACCGCGACACCCAAGAAAAGCAAAAACAAAAUGACCCGAACAAUCUACAAGUUGUUAAUCUGGAUAUUCAUCUUUAGCAUCUAUGCAUUCUUGAUUGGAAUUUUAUGUGGAUUGAUGAAUGAAGCAACCUACUAGAAUGCCGUGUGGUAUACCCAAGGUCUCUUUCUCUGGACGGUGUUCUAUCUUAUCUAUUAAAAACUGUGUGUAAGCAAA